CUGUAAGCCCUGCCCUGACAUUUAAGGCUCUUGGCUGCUGAAGUAGGAAAUCAUUUCUCACAGAGAUCCGUCACACAGGCUCCGGUGAGAUUUUCCCCCCUGCUGAUUAUACCUUCAUUAACUGACCCCCACAACCGGACCACAAUCAUGAGGGAAUGCAUCUCAGUCCACGUUGGGCAAGCUGGCGUUCAGAUGGGCAAUGCAUGCUGGGAGCUGUACUGUCUUGAACAUGGGAUACAGCCAGAUGGGCAGAUGCCUGACACCAAAGCCAUUGGUUCAACAGAUGAUUCCUUUACAACAUUUUUUAGCGAGACUGGCUCUGGAAAACACGUUCCACGUGCUGUGUUUGUAGAUUUGGAACCAACUGUGAUUGAUGAAGUUCGUCAAGGCAUAUAUAGACAGCUAUUCCAUCCAGAGCAGUUGAUCAGUGGUAAAGAAGAUGCUGCCAACAACUAUGCCCGGGGCCAUUACACCAUAGGAAAGGAAAUCAUUGACCAGGUUCUGGACAGAAUACGUAAGCUGUCUGAUCAGUGCUCAGGGCUUCAGGGAUUUUUGGUUUUCCACAGCUUUGGAGGUGGCACUGGCUCAGGGUUCACUUCUCUGCUGAUGGAGCGUUUGUCUGUUGACUAUGGCAAGAAAUCCAAGUUGGAAUUCUCCAUUUAUCCAGCACCUCAGGUUUCCACAGCUGUGGUUGAACCUUAUAACUCCAUCCUCACCACUCACACCACCCUGGAACACUCAGACUGUGCCUUUAUGGUGGACAAUGAGGCCAUUUAUGACAUCUGCCGCAGGAACUUGGACAUUGAGCGCCCAACCUACACUAAUCUUAAUAGAUUAAUAAGCCAAAUUGUCUCCUCGAUUACAGCUUCCCUCAGAUUUGAUGGGGCACUGAAUGUAGAUCUUACAGAAUUCCAGACCAACUUGGUGCCAUACCCACGUAUCCACUUCCCUCUGGCUACAUAUGCCCCUGUUAUCUCUGCAGAGAAAGCCUAUCAUGAGCAGUUGUCUGUAUCUGAGAUUACUAAUGCUUGCUUUGAACCAGCCAAUCAGAUGGUAAAAUGUGACCCACGACAUGGUAAAUACAUGGCUUGCUGUCUGCUGUACCGUGGUGAUGUGGUGCCAAAAGAUGUCAAUGCUGCCAUUGCUGCAAUCAAGACCAAGCGCAGCAUCCAAUUUGUGGACUGGUGCCCAACUGGUUUCAAGGUUGGCAUCAACUACCAACCUCCAACUGCAGUUCCAGGAGGUGACCUCGCCAAGGUGCAGCGUGCUGUUUGUAUGUUAAGCAACACCACAGCUAUUGCUGAAGCCUGGGCUCGCCUGGACCACAAGUUUGACCUGAUGUACGCUAAGCGUGCCUUUGUGCACUGGUAUGUGGGAGAGGGAAUGGAGGAAGGAGAGUUCUCAGAGGCUCGUGAGGACAUGGCUGCCCUGGAGAAGGAUUAUGAAGAGGUUGGCAUAGACUCAUAUGAAGAAGAAGAUGAAGGAGAGGAAUAAAAUGUGUUCUGUAAAAUAAUUUUAUUUUGAUCCAGAGAUUAAGCUUUGGUUUUUCUCAACACUGCCUUUUUAACAAUAAAUAAUAAACUUAUUUACAUUCUCA